AUGGCCCAGCCGUCAGGAAAGGUCCUCGAGGGCGUCUUCGCCAUCAGCAAGCCUCCCAGCAUCUCUUCCGCUCAAGUUCUCCGCGAUCUGCAGCACAAAUUUGCAGAGUCCAAAACCUUUGCCCCUUUGCUCGAGAAGACAAGAAAAGCCCAAGAAGAACAAGAUCGACACCAGCCAAAACGGCGCAAAAGGAGGAGUAAUGACCAGAUAUUCAAGAUGGGCCACGGUGGCACUCUGGACCCUAUGGCAACCGGUGUCUUAAUUGUUGGACUGGGCAGAGGAUCCAAGUCCCUCUCUGACUUCCUUGGUUGCAAGAAGACCUAUGAGACUGUUGUUUUAUUCGGAAAAAGCACCGACACAUACGAUAUUAUGGGGAAAAUAGUGGCAGAAUCGCCGACUGAAAGCAUCACCAAACAAGUGGUUGAAGAGAGAUUGACGCACUUUCGGGGCAAAAUGAAGCAGAUUCCGCCAAUUUACAGUGCAAUUAAGAUUGAUGGCAUGAAACUAUAUGAGUAUGCUCGCAGUGGGAGGGAGUUACCUAGGACCUUAGAGAGCCGGGAUAUUGAGAUCUCGGACUGCACACUGCUUGACUUCUACGGUCCUGGGGAGCAUGACUUCAGGUGGCCAGCGGAGGAAGCAAGCGACGAGGAGAAAUCCAUUGCGUGGAGACUAAUGGCCGGGGCUGAAGCGACAAAGAAGUCAGUGGAGCAAGAAGCGGCAGCCACCAGCCCCAGGAGCCCCUCCAAGGAGAGGUACCGAGAACAGCGCGAAAGCAACAAGCUUCCGCCUGACAAAAAGGCUGAGCUGCAUACUCACCAUCUCCCGACACAAGAAGCUCAACCUGCCAACGCUCCAGCGGCCCGCAUUCGACUGACUGUGAGCAGCGGCUUCUACGUGCGUUCAUUUGCAUAUGAUCUUGGUAUCGCCUGCGGCUGCCACGGGACGAUGGCAGCCUUGGUUCGGAGCAUGCAAGGCGAGUACACCAAUAUCGACCCUGCUCCUGAAGGCUUCAUUCCGGCACUCACUUAUUCCGAUCUCGAAGCCGGCGAGGAUGUAUGGGGUCCGAAAAUUGCUGAUGGACUUGAAAAAUGGAUGGAGACCCAUCCAGCCCCUUCCAACGACAAUAGGCCUGACGACCGCGAUCGAUCAGACAGAGAUUAUCGUCACAAGAGGUUCAACGGCGGCGGGCGGGGAGACAGCCGUUGGAACGGUCAAAGACGUUGGGAAGGAUCGAAUAGAUCGAGACGGCGCAACAGCUCGUCACCGGAGCUGUGA